AUGGGUUCUGCGCCUUCAAAAUCACUCCCCUCAGCGGCCAAACAACAGUUAAUACUUGACUACCUCCGCGCAUCGCAGACAUGCCACACGCUCAAAGAUCUCGAGAAAUGUCUCCCCUCUGUCGCGUCCAUAAAUGGCAUGCAGGUCAAGGACUACAUCCAAGCCCUGGCGGACGAUGGAAAAUUGCACGUUGAAAAAAUCGGAAGUGGCAAUUGGUACUGGGCAUGGGCGGGGGAAGAGCAGAAGGAGAGAGAGAAGGUUAAGCGUGGCCUGGUGAAAGAACUCGAGAAACUGGAGAGAGUUGUGGUGGAGCUGGAGGAGAGAAAGAAGGCAGCUCUUGCUGAAAUCGGGGACCGUAGAGGGGAUGAGGAUAGGGAUAGGGAGAAGUUGGUGAUGAAAAAAGCGGAGCGGGAGGCAGAGAUGGCUAGUUUGAGGGCGGAGGAAGAGAGUUACUUAAAUGGUGGAGCUGGUGGUGGUGGGAUUGAGAUGAAGGAGGCAGAUAUUCAGAAGUGGAAGGAGGAAGCGGAGAUGUGGACGGAUAAUAUUUACGUGCUAGAACAGUUUCUUGCGAAGUUGGCAGGGGGAGAUAGAGAGAUUAUAGAGUCUGUGAAGAGGGAGUGCUAUGGUCAAGAGUAUGUGGAAGGGGAAGGAUUAAGGGAAUUACAAUUUUAA